CAUUAUGACGCGCGCAUGCCGACCUGUUGAGUUUCUAUGAGACAGGAUCAGUUUACAAAACAAACAACUCCGGUUAUUUUGGUCAACAAAAGUGUUUAACAGUAACACUUUCAACUUUUGUGCUUCCAUUUUUCACACAGGAAAAAUAGGCCUACAUUGAAUUGCAAUAGUUUAAGUUAUUUUCAUCAAGCAAAGAUCAGGUGGAGAAUUUGGGAGAUUAUUUUGUUUUGUAAUAUCAUCAUGUCUGCCUUGCACUGGGAAGCACUGAGGAAGCAAAGAGUUAUAGAUAAGAAACAUCAUCAGGUACUUGAAGAAAAGAAACAAAAAGCAGCUGAACAAAAACUUGAGGAUGAGCGACUCAAAUUUGAGAAAACAAACACAGCAAAUUCAUACCAGCGAGAACUUGCAUCAUCUAGGUCUGGGAACAGUCAAAAGACACCUCACUGUCAUCAUAACCAAGAUGCAGAAAGAAGACUGUAUUCCAGAGAUAGAUGCAAGAUGGAUUAUAAUGCUAAAAUGAGUGCCAGAUAUAAUGAUUUAAACUUUUCCCAGCAAUGGUGAGAACAGGACCGGCACCUCGUGGAAAUAUUUAAGCAACAUUUGAUUCAACUAGCUGCUGAAAGUACACUUAAAUACGCACAAUAGUGAUGACCUUUGAAUGAACACACAAUGAAAGAAGAUUCUCUUUAAUAUUUUCAGAUAAAAUUUAUUACAUAUUAACAAACUGGUGUAAAAUAUUUUUAAAAUGUCGUAGCUACUCAAAAUAAAUUAAUUGCAAAUGAAAAUUUUCAUCAUUUUAUGCACAUGUGGAAUCAAUGUACCACCUUCUUUUUAAACAUUUUUUUGCACAAAUAAUUAAAGUUUUAUAAUUUUUAAAGUUUAAAAAUACCACACAACAUGUUCUAUCAAUAGGUUACAUUUUUUUUAGCUGCUAAUCGCAAAUUCAAAAUUCACUUUAUUGCAAUCUGUCAAGAUAUAAAAAUCUACACCAAAUUGAAGUAGAAUAAUAAUAUAGAUAUACAGAUAAAAAGCUCUACAAUUACAUAAAAAAGUAAAAACAAUACAAAUCACUGCAGAAUAAAAAAAAAAAAAUGCUUUGGUUAUUGUUGUCACGGAACGGCACACCCGAAAUGGUUAAUAAUACAUUUUUUAGAUCUUUCUGUUUUGAAUUUAGGGCGUAGUAACUGAUUUAUUUUCCUGAGAUUAUAAUUAAUAGCCUGUUCUGUUGGCAAAAGAUCAUGCAGUGUGUGGGUUAGAUGUUUAAUUUUUUCAAAGUAUUGUUGGCAUAAUUGGGUGUGGUGUUCAGUGGGGUCAGGGAGAUCAGAGAUUGCUAGGGCCCGAUUGUAACUAACCCAGGGGAGGAUAAUGCGGAACGCUCUUCGUUGUAUUUGUUCUAGAGCUUUGGAUUGUACACCGGAUGUACAAGUACCCUAAACAGGAACGGCGUACUCCAUGACAGGGCGGAUAAUACUAACGUAAAAUUGGAGCAGUUCUCGUACCCACAGCCCUGCUCUAAACACAUUUAAAGACAUUUAAAUUAACUUGUCCACACGGUAAACAAGAAGAAUUAAACGUUUCAUGAUGUGUUAACCGUUUAUUGGUAAAAAUCUAAUUAUUGCAAUAAUCCUGAUUACAUACCUCCUUGAUUACAAAGCAAGUCAUCAAAGGUUGGUUGACAGGAUUGUCACCUCUAUUAAAAAGUGAUAAUUAUACUGUAUAUAUUAUAUUAUAUAAUAAUAUUAUAUAAAUAAUUAUGUUAUACAUAAGUUUUACAUAAGCUAUAAAAUAGUAAAGUGCUCGAUUUACAGACUCUAAAUGAAAUGUUAGUUCAUUACUUAAUACAGUUUACCCUCCAAAUCAAGACCACCUAUAGGAUCUGAAAAUUUGGGGUGGUCUCCAGGCUUGGUCUCCAACUACAUUAAUUGGUUGGCUUUGUGUUAAAAGACGGAGGAUUAUUGGUUGGAACUUUGGAAAAACAGAGGGGUUUUGGAAUUAAAGAGGUUACAAAUUGGAGUGUGAACUGUACAUAAAAUAAAUCAUAGACAAAUUUAAGCAGUGAGUUCUAUUAUAUAUCACACAUGUUACUCAAACAACAGGUAUUAGAAAAAUGUAAAAAACUAAAUUGCAUUUUUGAUACAAUGAAAUGACAGUAUAAAUGCCAACUAUGCGCAAUACUUUGGUAAAAAGUCUUACAAAAAAUAUAUAUUUCUGGAAUAUUCAGGCAUAUUAAACAUCAGUGUAUUUUUGCAAUACCACCAAUAUGUGUGCUGUACAAUAUAAAAAUUAUAAUAUUUAACUACUGGUCUCCCUCCAAUUAAAGAACACAUUUGGUAUCAGAAUUUUCGGUGGUCUUUGCAACUUUGGUUAUUAUUUUUGUAAAGAUAAAACAGGAAUCAAUGUGGACUCAAAAAGAAGUUUUUAAUUGUAAGUGAUCCUUUUGGAGUGGGGUCUUUAAUUGGAGUGAGACCUGUAUUUGCUAUUUCCUUUAGGGUGUUCUGAUUUUUAAGCCAUGUAUCUAUUCUUUAUGUGAAUAUUUUCAAUUACCUAAAUGCCUGCAAAUGACUGAAUAAAUAUUAAAAUGUUAUCACCUCUGAGUAGAGACUGCUUUUAAUUGAAAGUGGUAGUGGACAUUGUUACAGAAAAAUUGGUUGGGGGAUAUGAGGGAUAUAGAGAAAGGAGGCUUCCUUGUUAAGGAUUCAUUACAUAUUUAUAGUUGUACUUAAGUAUUGUUGUGAUAUUGAUCAUGUUAAAAAAAAUAAAGAUGCAUGAUUCAAA